CCCGCCGCUUCCCUUCCUUCCCUCCGUCGAACCAAUCCCUUCCAAUACCAACUCGGAAUCGGGUUUCUUCAAUCAUGGAGGUGGAUGAACCGCGACGCAGUCAUCAUUCUCCACGCCGCGUUGAUCCUAUCGAAGAACAUUUAAUCGAUCAAGGGUUUUUGCCUUCGAAAGACGAGGGCGGGAAGGACGACAUCCACGGGCUGACGAAGCAUGAAUCUAGGGUUUUAGCGAAGAAGUGCGGUGACCGCGAUCGGUUUGCUUGUGGGAGGAGGUUCGGGAUAGGAGAUGUUGUUUGGGCAAAGGCCUUCGCUUACACUUGGUGGCCCGGCCGAAUCGAGAAGGUGAGAGGUUCCUCGGCUUGGGUGUCGUUCUAUGGUUGCGUCAAGUCUCGGUUGGUUCGGGUUGUGGAAAUCCAUGGAUUUGAGGAGAGUUAUGCGCGGAUGCUGAGGAUAGGUGGGGUGAAGUUGUCCGAUGUGGUCAGACUUGCUUUGGAAGACUUGCAGCGGAGGACUGCUUUAGGUUUGAUGUGUUCUUGCAGGAGUUCGGCUAUGGGAGUUAGUGAAGAUUUGGAUGAUCAGAUUGCUGAAGCGACGAGGUUUGAGCCCAUGGAGAUGUUGGGUUUUGUGCUUGAUGUGGCGACUUCGGCUUGGGUUGGUGAAGGAGAAACCGUGAAGGCUGUUAGGAUGUCAGUGCAGGUUUCUGUCUACCGGCAACAUGUGUCGAUAUGUCAGAAUAGUGAAAUAGAUGAAAGGUUUUGCCCAGGUAAAUUGUUGGAUUUUGUCACCACGAUGGCUGUUUGUUGGUCCAUUGAUGAUUGUGACUCUAGCAGUGAUUCAAAAGCAGUGGCACAACUCGAUGGAUAUAGGAAAUUUGUUUCGGUCUGCCCAAGUAGAAGGAAUCUGCAAAUUGUGGAACUGGAAGACAACUUCCUCAGCGAUGAGUCCGAAGAUUAUUUCCAUGAGAUGUCUGAUUCAUCAUCCGAUGGUGAGAUAGUAGUUGAAGCACGAGAAGUUACAGAAGACAAUCAUUUAUUUGAUAGACAAGAAGAUUUUGAGGUUGUUCAAUAUCAAGUUCAGGGUGAUGAGAUAUGCAUGGUCAACAGGGCAGAUUUCAGUCUCUUUGAUCUAGAUGAGGAAUAUGAAUCUCUGCAGGAUCAUGAAUUAGAACAAGUAGCUUAUCAUGCAGGUUCAACUUGGGAAAAUAUCUAUAUGAGUGAAAAACUUGAGAUGCAAAACUCAACAACUGGAAUAUCAUUAGAAGAAGGUACUGAGACAACAUCCACAAAGGCCUUUGCUUUCACAAGUGAUGUUAAUCAGAUUGCAGAUAAUGGGACUUGUUAUAAAUCAGAUGAACAAACUAUAGACUGCUUCUCUUCUUGUCAAUCAAAUAAUUUGUGCAAAAAUACAGUAGAUUUGAGUGCCGAUAAAUUUGCUUCACCUGGUGAGGUUAUUGAUUAUGAUGGAAUUUCUUUCGAUGAUUCGGGAACAGAAAACCUGAAACAACAGGAUGGGAAUGUUACUAUUUUUGAGCAUAAAGAUAUGCACUCUGCAGUAGGAACAGUGUCUUCAGAUGAAAGCUCUUUGCUUCAAAUUGUGCCAUUGGUAGGCAGGCAGUUGGUCAUCAACCAUCAGAAUGAUCAGGAAACACAAAUUCCAACUGAAGCAGUGAAUGUGAGCCAUAAAAUUCAAUUUUCAUCUGAGGUUGAUCCAAUUGUUAAUCUAGGGGGCAAUUUGGAAAUUAUUCCCAGAUUGGGUUCUCUGAAAAGAACUGCUUGGCAAAGUGCCUGUAAAAAAAGGAGGCUUGAUCAUCCUUCUUCUUCCAAAAGUUCGUUUAUGUUGCUAAAAGGCCUGGAACCAGAUGGAGAAGCUAUAGCAAGUGCUGUGAACAUGACUGGAUGUUGCACUGCUCCUCAUCCUGGUGAGGGGGGUAUAUCUGAAAAAUCUGUUUCUAGAAAAGCUCUGAUGCUGUCUGGGUCUGACAAAGAUAUGUCUCCUUCUGCAAAGAACUCUAUUGUUUCUUGUGGAACUAAUCAAAUGAAAGGUGAUAUGAGAGGUUAUUGCAGCACUUUUUUAUUGAAACUUACAAAUCAGACUAAAUUCCACAGGAAAAAAAGGCAUGAUCUUCCUAUUACUUCUGACAUGUCCAACUGGACCAGAUUUUAUGUGUCUCCUCUGGCAAGAGACAUCUCAAAAUCAAGCAGCAAUCUAAGAAAGCCUUCGACGACUGAUAGAGGCAGUGGAUAUCACAAAUCAUUACAUAUGAAGUUCCCGAAAGAUUUCAAUCUUCCUACAAGAGAAGAGCUUGAGAACAAGUUUGGAGUAUUUGGACCAUUGGAAUGUUCAAGAACUAGGGUUUUCUCCUACACAGGUGCUGCCCAAGUGGUUUUUGUUGACCAUGCGGAUGCUGCUGCUGCCUAUAGAUAUGUGAAGAAGAAAAGUAUAUUUGGUGAAGCCAAUGUACGUUUUUGGUUUGAUGAGCAUGAAAAUUUCAGAAAGGAGCAAAAGUCUGAUGAUUUACCUGUCCCCUUGGUGGGGCACUCAUCUUUAUAUCUUACAUCAUGCCAUCAAGUGCCUGAUACACUUCACAUAUCAGAUAAGAAAAAGAAUUGUAGUGCUAACAGUGAACAUGUAUCUGAUGAUAUAUCUGUGCACAUGGAGGAACGCUCAUCUCUAAGUUUUAAAACAUACCAUCAAACACCUGAUGCAGUUCACAGAUCAGAUAAGAAGAAGAGUUGCAGUACCAACAAUGGAACCACAUCUGUACCUAACUUCAACAAUUCUUCUUUGAAUCUGAAGUCUUGCCUUAGAAAACCUGAUUCUCCUCAGGGGAAGGACAAAAGGUGUAAAGUGAGAUUCAUUAUUGAAACAUAGAUCACCUAUGUGUUGUUGACUUCUCUCUUGAAGAACAUGACAUUUUGGUAUCUUUUUCUGGUUCAGUAGCAACUAGAGCCAGAUCUGCUCGAACUUUCAGCUAAUGUAUAAACAAGUAGUUUUUUUGUUUCUCAGUUGUAUAUAAGCUGAGAGAUGAGCAUUGCUUUUCAUAAACUAGACUGACACCUUUCUAAUUUUGAUGAAGAUAAAUUGGAGAAGAUUAGAAAUUUUCCAUUC